CGGCAACAUAUGCCGAACUUAUGGUAUACCUACCCAACCUCGAUUUGUUGGGAAUGCGAUCCGCUAGGCUUGCCACUAUGGAGGAAAUAGUUGGCACUGUUUUGAUGGAAAAGACAGGAACCCAUGUCCGAGAUUUCUCAUAGCUAGAGGUGAUUAAGCCUAAGAAGUCUUCGAGCUCAUCUUAUGAGAUACAAGAAGCCUCUCUCUAUCUCGGUACCUAGGCAGUGUGUUGUGUUGAUUACCAUUGUGUUUUUAACUGUUUCUAUAGCUUCCACCGCGACUUGAAUCUCAAGAUGAGUGCUUCCAAGGCAAAAAACGGUAUGCCAGCCGGAGAAUCUCUGGAUCACGAUAUGCACAGUGGUUGGGGUAGUGCCUACACAAAUCGCAGCACCGUUGGCGACAAAGAGACUCUUUCGCUGUGGCAAGAAUACGCAGUCGAUAAGGCCGCAGUCGACAGGAAAUAUCAACUUCUUCUACAUGAGUACACCAACCUUUUCUACAAGGUCUUCAAUGGCUACUAUCCUAUCUCUAUGCACGCCCAUGCCACGGACUCAAUCAACCCUACCACCAUUGCCAGUCUCAUUCUCAAUACCGCCGCUACAAGCCCCUUAGUGCUGGACUCUGAAAGUCUGAGACCUAAGCCGGAUGAGGAGCCAGAGGAAACAGGCAUGAGAGUUCGGGAUUUUGCACUCAAUUUUCUGGGCUGGAAUGAGACGCAUGUCCUUGCUCCCACGUUUGUCGUAGCUGAUAAUAUCUAUGGAGCUGGGUAUGGACCACUGGCGCACGCCUCAAAGGAGUGGGAGACAAGUGCGAUCGCCGCUGGGCCAAAGCCUAUUGUGGUUAAUAUGAGAGAAGCGGAUGAAGAGACGCUGAAUGCUCAGUUUGCAGAAGCAAAAACGAAAGGCGCUAUCGCGGUGCUCUUUGACAUGGUUAGCACAGAAGAUGGACUCGUCUUCACACCAGAGAAGUUCGGUUUAGUGAAGGCUUGCUGCGCUCGGAACCGGCUAUUGCUCAUUGUAGACGAGACGAUGACCGCGAUGCGUUGUGGUGCGCCCUUUGCAUUUCAGCGACCUGAGUAUGCACGACAGGGUGCGGAGUUUCAGCCCGACUUUGUCAUAUUCGGCAAAGGCAUCGGCGUGAGCGGCAUCGCGAUCUCAUUCGGAGGCGUCAUGACCAAAGGCCUCACAUAUACGAAAUCAGAAGACAUUCUCCAAACAAUACGAUACUGGCGUGCCCUCGUGAGCCGGCCGAUAAGAACUCCCAAUCUGCUUGAGGCGUUGAGUAUCCUGCGUGCCUCAGUGGCGGAAAAUUGGCCGGAGCAGAGCGAACGAAUUGGAGAAGCAAUUCGUGAUGUGUUGCACGAGCUCGAACCUAGUACCAAGGAGCCCGGCGCCAUCCAAGGGCUAGGCGCUGUGAUCGCCAUAGACCGAGACAUAGCUCUGCGGUAUCGUGUCAUGUGUGCGAUUCGUCGGCGUAGUCCAUGGGCCCGACUGCUACCCAAGCUGGGCAGCAUCUCUGCCGAUCGCGAUGAGCUCAUGAAACAGGUCUUCGGGAAAGAAAGUAAAUCGCAAAGGCAAGCUCUGGCACAAGAAGCGGAGCGAUGUGGUGCGAUACCCCUCUGGUGCUUCAUCUGCGGGAUCGAAGCAACAUCUGAAGACUGGUGCCGAACCUGCUAUCUAAGUUACUGCAAUAAUGAGGUCUGUGUAGCGGCAUUCCAUAGACACGCGUGCGUAUAGAUAAAAGAAAAUAGAUGCUUAGAUAUAGACAUAUAGUAUAGUUCACGAUAGUUUGCGAUCAAUUUAAGUUGUUUGAAUGAG